AUGAGGCCCCAGCGUCUGAGUUUCAACACAGAUGGAGAAGACGAAGAAGAUAAGCAACAAACUCUUAACGAGGCAGACGAAGAGACCGAUUCUGACUCAGACUCCGAAAGCGAAGAAGAGGAAUGCACAGCAGCGUUGCCCCCGAAGAAGCCCAAGUUGAAUCUGCCGCGUGAAGAAGAAGUACCCGUACCUCGAAAAGACGAGUCGGAAUGCUCUUCCUCAUCUGCGUCCAAUUUCAUUAUCGCGCCUGCCGCAAAACCCAGCGAGAAGAACACCCCUUUCUCUAAAAUAUUCUCCGAAGAGGAUGAAAUUUCUCUGCUUAAAGGCCUCGCCAUUUUCUGGGCUGACGGGAGGAACAACAAGUGGACCGAGUUUUACAACUUCAUCAAGGACAGUCUUCCGCAUCAGUUUACGAGAACUCAGGUGUCUGAGAAGAUUCGUAGGCUCAAGGGGAAGUUUGAAAACAAUUUUAAAAGAGCUCGCGCCAAUGGGGGCUGGCUUGAUUUCUCGGAUGCCCAUGAGUCCGCUGUGUUUGAGGUGUCGAAGACACUGUGGGGAGGAGAUGAAAACGAAGCUGGGGAUAAACAUGCUCAAAAAGAAAAGGAGACACCACAAAGGGGAGACAGAAGCAGAUCCCAAAAGAAGAGAAAAAGGGCUGGGAAAGAGCAUGAUGCAGAAAAAGAGAUAGUGAAGAACCAAAAACAAGUGGGGAAGAUUGGCAAAGAGGAGUUUGCUUCUGCGUACCCACUCUUGUCAUCGUCUUUGGAUGAAAAUGGAUAUUCCAACAUCAUCAAGGAGAAAAUUCUAUUGAUUGGCAGAGAGAAGGCACAAGAGCUGGAAGAGAAGUGGAGGGCUGUGAAAGCUGCAGAGCUUAGACUGGAGCUUAAAAGGAUUGAUUUGAUUAGGAGGGACUUACACAAUCUACUCUGAAG